UUUCUCUCCGGUAUAAAUGUCCAUCUUCUCCUUUCAUUUCUCUCUCUCCCCUCUGAAACGAUUUUUGUUCUUCAUAUUUGCUCUCUCAAAAACCUAUACAUACACUAUACCGGUGAAAAUUGAAAUAUUUUUUUCUGAUUUAUUUUGUAUUAUUACACUGCAAUCGAAGAGAACACAGCUUCAGAGGUGAUAUUGUAUAUUGGAGAAGAGAUUUCAAUCGGUUAAAAUGCACCAAAUUCGGAGACAUUUUGUUUCCAAAAUAGGGUCCCUAGGCCUAGGGUUAGGUUUGUUUUCCGAGUAUAGGAAAUGGAUUUCAGUGUGACAAUUUAUGGGCUUUCGAUAUUUUAUGCAGGCUGAAAGGGUUAUGGGUCUAUUGGGUGAAAUUUGAAUACUGGGGUAUCGUUUAGUUGCAAUUGAGCGUGGUGGAAGUGGUAGGUUAAGGGUCACACAGGGCUAAUAUUCAGCAACUGCAACAGAAACCCGAGAGCACAGCGGCUGAUGCUCGCUCUGAAUUUGAGAGGGGCUUGGAGGAGUUCAUGCGUGGGCAUUAUGAUGAAUGCAUGUCCUUCAGUUUGUGCAGUUCUCCGCGCACCACUACUACUACUGAAGAUGAGGAGGAUGAGGGCGAACAGCUUGUGCGGAGGAGGAGGAGGUCGAAUCUCGAGAGUGAUGAUUUGGCAGAGUCUUCUGCUGCCAGGAGGCGCCAAUCGAGGAUCUUGAGUAGGUGGGCUGCUCGUCAGGCAGAGGAGAUGAUCACCACUAUUGAAAGGAGGAACCGCGAAUCAGAGUUGAUGGCACUUGCAGGCUUGCACACAGUCUCCAUGCUUGAUUCUUCAUUCUUGAGGGAGUCACAGUCCCCAACUUCGAGGCGCCAAGGGAAUGUUGAGAGGCUGAGUACCCGGGCCUCCUCUAUUUUACAGAUGUGGAGGGAGUUGGAGGAUGAGCAUGCAUUGAGUCGUGCCCAGGAAAGGGUAAGGGAGAGGUUGAGGCAGCGGAGGAGCAUGGAUUCAAAUACAAAUAUGUCAGGAAGUAGAGAGAGUAAUGAUCAGGGAAGUCUGGAAGGUGCUAGUGAGAAUGAGCAUGACUUUGCAACUUGGUCCCAUGGUCAGGUGGGCUCACAGAAUGAGAAUAGGGAUCCUGACAAUUCUAGUCGGGAACAAUCACCUGAUCUAGGGGAUGUUGAGAGGGAGAGGGUGAGGCAUAUUGUUCGGGGAUGGAUGGAGAGUGGCAUUAGUGACACUUCAUCUAAUGUUAUGCAGGGGAAUGGAAGUCCUGGAGCUGAAUGGUUGGGGGAAACUGAGCGUGAAAGAGUAAGGGUUGCAAGAGAGUGGAUGCAAAUGACAAGUCAACAAAGAGGAUCUCGUAGUGGACGCAGGGAAGAACAUAAUAGUAGACUUGCUGCUCAAGUUGACCAUGUCCAUGAAGGGUCUGUUGUUGCCCACGCAGAAGGUCAGCCAGAGCAUAUUCGCACAGACAUGUUGAGGUUGCGCGGAAGACAAGCCUUGCUUGAUUUACUUGUCAGGAUAGAGAGGGAAAGGCAGGGGGAACUUCAGGGCCUGUUGGAACAUCGUGCUGUUACUGACUUUGCUCAUCGCAAUCGCAUUCAGUCAUUACUUAGAGGCAGAUUCUUAAGAAAUGAAAUGCCCGAUGACGAAGAGCGACCACCUUCAAGGGCAGCUAGUGAGUUAAAUCAGUUAAGGCAGCGACACACUGUCUCUGGUCUGAGGGAAGGGUUCCGCUCCAGAUUGGAAAACAUUGUUCGUGGCCAAGUAAGCAGUCAAAUUGAAACUUCAUCUAACAAUAACAACAGUGAUUCUAGAAAUGAUCAGACUGAUACAAAUUCUUCACAGGAAGUUCAACACGAGAAUAAUGACCAAUCUCAAUCUAGAAAUCAGGAAAGUGAAGUUAACCCAUUGCCAGAUCGUAUGUCAAAUUUGGAUAGCAGCACAGCUGUUCAAAGUACAGUUCAACAAGCUAUUGCAGAUCAAGGAAGCAAUUGGCAGGAACAGAUUACUGAAGAUGAGAGAGAAAACAUGCUAGAACCAACCUAUAAUGAGUCCAAUGGAUGGAGAGAUGGCACUUUGCAAGACACGGAUAGGAACUGGCAGGAAAAUUCCGUACCUCAUUGGAACUUGGAAGCAUCAGUAAAUGAAGGCGGAGGUCAAAGUCAGCUGGAAGAAGUCCAUGAGGUUUGGCGUGAUGAUGGUUCUCGCUCUCUAGAAGCUAUAGAUAAUUGGUCGGAAGGACCUUCAGAUGUUCCAAGAAGGCGGGACUCUCUACCACACAGAAGGGGCACCAGGUUCCACCCUCCUGAUGAUGAUAACGUGUACAGCAUGGAACUCAGGGAGCUUCUCAGCAGGAGGAGUGUCUCUAAUCUUCUUCGUAGUGGUUUCCGUGAGAGCCUAGAUCAGUUGAUUCAAUCAUAUGUAGAAAGGCAAGGCAGGUCUCCUAUUGACUGGGAUCUGCACAGGAACUUGCCUCUUCCAGUAUCCCCGGAGAGGGAUCAGGACCAACAAAAUGAUGAGCAGAAUGAGGAUCAGCAUGAUGCUAUAGGUCGACCUUCAUUGCUAUUACCAUCCCCUCCAGUACCACCAUCUCAACCACUUUGGCAUCAGGAUUUGCACCACUCUAGUUGGUCUCGUCACCAUCGAUCUGAACUCGAGUGGGAGAUGAUUAAUGAUCUGAGAGCAGACGUUGCAAAACUUCAGCAAGGUAUGAACCAUAUGCAAAGGAUGUUAGAAUCUUGCAUGGACAUGCAACUGGAGUUGCAACGGUCAGUCCGGCAGGAAGUCUCAGCCGCUCUUAAUCGAUCAACGGGUGGACAAGGGAUAGCAGAGACUUCAGAGGAUGGGUCUAAAUGGGGUCAGGUUAGAAAGGGUACCUGCUGUGUUUGCUGUGAUAACCACAUUGAUUCUUUAUUGUACAGAUGUGGGCAUAUGUGCACUUGUUCUAAAUGUGCAAACGAGUUGGUUCGCAGAGGAGGAAAGUGUCCAUUGUGUCGUGCACCCAUUGUUGAGGUGAUUAGAGCUUACUCCAUACUGUAAAAAGACACCAUAGAGAAUAAAAUUUGCGAACCAUUGAUAAGAUACGUUGGAGCUGUGAUCGAUUUUACUCGUCUGAAGCUCAAUCUUAUCUGUAGAGUGUUUAGUCAGCCACUGUUAUUCGGAUAACAUUUGGAAAGCUUUGCAGUGUAUUAAUGGAACCAAAAAUAGCGUUUAACUAUGUCCUCAUUCAUUCGUAAAUAAUAUUUCAAUUCUUUCCUGGCGAAAAAA